CGGAUUUAAAGUGCAAUGCUCACUUUUAUUGAAAAAUUAACCCUAGUGAUGUGAAUUGCGAUCGUCACCACAAUCCUCAAACCCUAGUUCUUCAAUGGAUUUGUUACCACCGCUAUCACCUCCAUCUUCCGUUAUUUCCUCAUCGAAUUCGAAUGCAGUAAUGGAUUCCGGAGAGCGAAACUGGCCGGAUCUUCCACGAGAUAUUGUAUUGUCCAUUUUCGUGAAGCUUGACCUAAACGAUCUUCUUACUCAUGCUUAUAGUGUUUGCACCACCUGGCGCAACAUCUCCAAGGACCCUUCCCUCUAUCGCAACAUCAGCAUGCCCAAUUUGUGUAGCCUUAAAGCUUUCUCUGAUUUAGAGAUGUUAUACCGCCGCGCCAUUGAUUACAGCUGUGGCCAGACAGUUGAUGUCUCCAUCGAGUUUCUUGGUACCGAUGAUCUUCUCCGUCACCUCGCUAAUUCUGCAAGUCAUCUAGGACGUCUUCGUCUUGAAUUAUGCUAUAGUGUAACAGAUAGAGGAUUGUGUGAAGUUGCUGAAAAGUUUCCUUAUUUGGAAGAACUUGAUAUAUCAAUUAGUGGCUUAUCUCAUGAAUCUUUGAGAGCCAUUGGUCGAUGUUGCCCUCGAUUGAAAACCUUUAAAUUCAACUUUAAAUCUUACAGACAUCAAGGCACUGAAAAUGAUCAUGAAGCAUUUGCUAUUGCAAAUUCCAUGUCUGGGUUAUGCCAUCUUCAACUUAUUGGAAACAAGAUGACUAAGGAUGGUUUGCUUGCUAUUCUUGAUCGUUGUACUCAACUGGAAUCUCUUGACAUUCGUCGGUGUUACAAUAUUGAUUUUAUAGCAAGUUUGGCAAAGAGAUGUAAAGAACAAAUCAAGUAUUUACACCUUCCCUAUGAUGCUACUGAUGACAUGUCUGUAGUAUCAGAGGGGGAUUUAGAUAGGUCGUCUGUCGAUGAUUAUGAAUUCUCAUAUGGGAGUGAAAUUUCUCAAUAUAAUUCUGAUGAUAAUUAUUAUGACUUUUGAGAAAUUUGAAACAUUUCAGCC